AUGCCACCAGGGGUCAAAUGCAAGGACAAUGGAGCUGCCUUUGCAGCAGUCACCCACCCCAGUGUACCAGUCCCCCACUCCAGUGCAGCCGCCCCCGCUCCAGUGCAGCUGCCCCCACUCCAGUGCAGCCAUCCCCACUCCAGUGCAGCCGCCCCCACUCCAGUGCAGCCGCCCCCACUCCAGUGCAGCCGCCCCCACUCCAGUGCAGCCACCCCCACUCCAGUGAAGCCGUCCCCCACUCCAGUGCAGCCACCCCCACUCCAGUGCAGCCGCCCCCACUCCAGUGCAGCCAUCCCCCACUCCAGUGCAGCGGUCCCCACUCCAGUGCAGCCGUCCCCUACUCCAGUGCAGUGGUCCCCACCCCAGUGCAGCCAUCCCCCACUCCAGUGCAGCGGUCCCCACUCCAGUGCAGCCAUCCCCCACUCCAGUGCAGCGGUCCCCACUCCAGUGCAGCCACCCCCACUCCAGUGCAGCAGUCCCCACUCCAGUGCAGCCAUCCCCCACUCCAGUGCAGCAGUCCCUACUCCAGUGCAGCCAUCCCCCACUCCAGUGCAGUGGUCCCCACUCCAGUGCAGCCACCCCCACUCCAGUGCAGCCAUCCCCACUCCAGUGCAAUAG